CAGGGACUACAUGCUACAAGUAGCCUACUUCCACAAUAACUUUCUGCUUUUUUAGCGUGAUUAAUGCAAACUCUUUAUCAGAGUAAUCUAAUUCAACUUCCUCUUCUUUGCGUUUUCUGCAAGGGUACCUGAUAGCAGUCAAAAUGAUUGUGAAAGGUAGUUUCAGGUUUGAUCUUAAACGGCAAUGUCCUUAUAUUUUGAAGGAGAAUAAGUAUACAUAAUUGAAUAGGUUGUAAAUGGGCGUUUACAUAAUUUCUCAAAGGAAAAUAACAGUUAAAGUUAUAAUUUAUUUUAAACAUCAAUGAGUAGGUCGUACUGUACACUACACGCGCGCGUUCCUCUGGGGUGGACUUCGUCGCGCGCUUGAAGUCCGCUCCCAAAGCCUUCCGGACGAGGCGCGCGCACACUUCUUUUUCACUUGCUCGCUGCUUUUCACCCUGCGAGACACCGGACACCACUAACUCACAUCGGGACGCCAGGGUUCCCCGGAAUAAAGACAUUUUUUUCGUCAGUGGCGAUGGUGAUUGACAGAUGAUCUGAUAGAGGACAACAUCAGACGCUGUCUCCGUGCUGGUUAUUAUGGGGUGUGCCUGUUGCAAGCAGAAAAAGGCGGCCAAAGCAGCAGCAUCAUCGGCAGGAGUGGAUGCUCCAGAUCUGUCUCCUAGCAACGCAGAUGGAGGGUUGUCCGCGGCCUUGACUCAGGGCCGUUACUGUCCCGACCCGACGCAGACCAUCCCCGACUUCAACAAGGGCUUCUCCUCCAGCGCCAUCUUCCCCAGCACCAACGCACACCUGCGGCCUGGAGGCGUCACAAGUUGUGGAGUCACUCUCUUUAUAGCUCUGUAUGACUAUGACGCUCGCACUGAAGAUGACCUCACUUUUCAGAAAGGAGAGAAAUUCCAGAUCAUCAACAACACAGAGGGCGACUGGUGGGAGGCUCGCUCUUUGGACACAGGCCACUCAGGUUACAUCCCCUCCAACUACGUAGCUCCUGUCGAUUCUAUACAGGCAGAAGAGUGGUAUUUUGGGAAGAUGGGCAGGAAGGAUGCGGAGAGACAGCUGCUGGGCCAUGGCAACCAGAGGGGGACUUUCCUCAUACGAGAGAGCGAGACCACCAAGGGUGCUUACUCUCUGUCUAUCCGUGACUGGGACGACAACAAGGGAGACCACGUCAAGCAUUAUAAGAUCCGUAAACUAGACAAUGGAGGAUACUACAUCACCACCAGAUCACAGUUUGACACGGUGCAGGAGCUGGUCGUACACUACACAGAGAGAGCGGCAGGCCUGUGCUGCCGUCUGAUUGGCAACUGUAAGCGGGGCAUGCCUAAGCUGGCCGACUUAUCAGUGAAGACCAAGGAUAUGUGGGAGAUUCCCCGUGAAUCCCUCCAGCUGAUUAAGAAACUGGGCAACGGCCAGUUUGGAGAAGUCUGGAUGGGCUCUAAUGACGGGCUGUGUUAUUACCUUACCAUGCCCUGUAAAAACUCCACCCCUCUCACCAUGGGACUCGGGCGGGACGCCUGGGAGGUGACCAGGGAUACGCUGUCCAUGCAAACGAAGUUGGGGCAAGGUUGCUUCGGCGACGUUUGGAUGGGCAUGUGGAACGGCACCACCAAGGUAGCGGUGAAGACUCUGAAGCCGGGGACCAUGUCCCCCGAGGCCUUCCUGGAGGAGGCUCAGAUCAUGAAGAGACUCCGCCACGACAAGCUGGUGCAGCUCUACGCCGUGGUGUCAGAGGAGCCCAUCUACAUUAUCACUGAGUUCAUGAGCCAAGGAAGUUUGUUGGACUUCUUGAAAGACGGAGAGGGUCACAGUCUGAAGCUGCCUCAGCUGGUGGACAUGGCUGCACAGAUUGCAGCUGGAAUGGCGUACAUCGAGAGGAUGAACUACAUCCAUCGUGACCUGCGAGCGGCCAACAUCCUCGUUGGAGAAAAUCUGGUGUGUAAGAUCGCUGACUUCGGCCUGGCUAGGCUCAUCGAGGACAACGAGUACACGGCCAGACAAGGGGCGAAGUUCCCCAUCAAGUGGACGGCUCCUGAAGCGGCGUUGUACGGACGCUUCACCAUCAAGUCAGAUGUCUGGAGCUUUGGCAUCCUGCUGACUGAACUCGUCACAAAGGGACGUGUGCCCUACCCAGGCAUGAACAACCGUGAGGUGUUGGAGCAGGUGGAGCGGGGCUACAGGAUGCCCUGCGCCCCGGGCAGCCCCGCCUCGCUCCAUGAACUGAUGGUGCAGUGCUGGAGGCGUGAGGCUGACGAGAGGCACACCUUCGAGUACCUGCAGUCCUUCCUGGAGGAUUACUUCACGGCCACAGAGCCGCAGUACCAGCCCGGAGACAACCUGUGACCGCACAACGCGCAGGACAGAUGUGGAGCAAUAAACGGACAAACAGAGAGACAGACAGAUGUGGACGUAUUGCAUGCAGAUACACUGAUAUGCCUUUGUUGUAUUUGUUCCACACUUAUUGUACAUGCACACAUAUUAAGAUACAUAUCAUUGCCUUGUUCUAUUGUUUUAAAGACAGUUUCCUCCUUUUUGGCUAUUGAUCACUGCAGCUUGAGGAACAAUCAGCCAACCACGUUGAAGCGUCGGAGCUCUGCUGAUCAGGCCUCACAGUAAUGUUGCUUUACUCUGUAACCAUGACAACAAGGAACAGAAAGAAGAAGUAGCUGGUUGAAGGGGGGGGGGGAGUCGAGUUGGUACAUGAUGUGUUCAGCUGCCAUAUAUGUGCAUUGUGCAGAUCCUUCUGAUUCCUCUGAAGAAACGUGUAGCAGGGCAACUGUUUGAUAAAUAUAUGGAUCCAUAAAAGGUAAAAGCUGCAACAGGUUUCAGAAAACAGGAAGUGAACCCUGUGACGUGGGACGUACAGCGGCAAAAGAUUAGUUAACUAGUCGAUUUGUGCAUCAACAAAUAAGUAAUUGCCAACCAUUUUGCUAAUAAAAAAAAAAUCGUUAUUUUAGAAACUGCUGUUUUCAGUCUCUAAAAUAUGGAGAUGUUCUGCUUUUCUCAGUUUUAUUUCAUGUUAAAAUGAAUAUGUUUGGGUUUGGGAAAAACAGUCUACCAUUCAGCCUGUCUCACACUCAGCCUGUCUCACACUCAGCCUGUCUCACACUCAGCCUGUCUCACACUCAGCCUGUCUCACAUUCAGCCUGUCUCACACUCAGCAUGACAUUUAAAUACUUCACCUUGGACAGAGACAAAUGGGUUGGACAUUUUUUACUAUUGUGACAUUAUAAUAAUCAACAGAUAAAUCGAAAACGAAAGUCUUUAGUUGCUGCAUUACUGUAAGGUAUUUUAUGUACACGGACAUUUGAGGUUAAAUAAAAUUCCUCCUCAAACCGUAAUCUGACUAAUAAAUAAAAAAGCUUUUGAACUAAUCCUUGUCAAUCUCCUGAAAGAGGGAAUUGAUUUGCAACUGUGCCUUAAAGUGGUCAAAAUAUGGAUCUGCGUUACCUUUAAUACUAUGUUAGUAAAGUCUGAGAGGAGAGGUGGGAAGGACUGCUUUUUGUUUUUCUGAUCAUUUCUAUUACAAUUUUGUAAGAACUGUCUCUUUUGCUGUUUUAAUUUAACGCAGAUAGGUCUGUGCAUCACAAAGACUUUUAUAUCUAGUUACCAUGUAGUUUUCAUCCAUUGGGAAGGCAGAAUGAAAUGUUACACAUAAAGGGAAUGAUCAAUGUCCGUGGACCCUGGACAGACAGGGUUUCAAAUAUGUUAUUUGACAAGAGUGUAACCUUUAUGUGAUUUUAUGAGAUGCCCCUGUCAUGUUAUUGUAAUAAAGAUCAAAUAUCUUUACUGGGUUAA